AUGAACGAUGUUGCCUUUGAAAGGGCUGGCCCGGUGGACAACAACGGGCAAUUACGAAGACCAUCUCGAUCACCGCGCAGUCAGCGUAGCCGCAGUGCGGACGUGGACUGCCUGAAGAAGUACACGGAGCGUCGUGUGGAGGAACGCCGAUACACGGAGAUCAGCGACCCCACCAAAUUGGAUACCUCGAGGUGGAUGCCGCUACCAAAGAACAUACCUCGGGGACAGCAGCCGGGGGCGGCCAAGAGACCCUCGAGGGAUGAGCGGCAGGAGAGUGUCAACGAAUCGGCGGCGAGUGCCGAGAAGUGGCCGGCGAAAUCGCUCUCACCCCCGUCGGCUGAGAAUCGGUCCUCCAGAAUCGAGCCCGAGGCCGUCGGUCGACCCCACCACGCCGUCAGGAGUCAUAGCACCGAUGUGACCACCCUUAAGAGACCGGAGAAGAGCAUCACCGAGCAGCGAAGGCACACGGACUGCAGCGACCCGCGAACUAUCGCCACGAGAUGGCUACCACAAAUUAACGGUGCGAAGUUUCGCCGAGAGGCGUCCCCCCUUGCAAGAAUUGGCUGUGAAAUCACGAAGAGCGCGGCUACCCGGUGGAUGACGUUCGCCAAAAGUCCAUCACCCGGUCCUGUAGUAAGGAUAAAUCCCGAGAGGAGAGAUUCCACGACGGAAUACGACAGAAAAGACGAAGGGUCGCGCAAGGACUCGGAUCCCUCCAGAUGGCAACCGCCCAGAAAAUUCUCCCCAGCGAAGAGUGAGAAAGGACACUUACAAAGGCAGGAUGAGUUUGAUAUUGGCAGAGACCGUUCCUCGAGCUUUGUCGUCACUAAUGAACGAAUGAAGGACCACUCCUUGAGCUAUAUCGAUACUAACGAGCGAGCGAACAAGCUCAGCGAACGUAUGCGAGAUUUGUACGAUUUCAAGACGGAGAACGAGUGGCCGAAGAAGGCGGGGACCUCCCGGGAGGACACUUGGAUCAGCAAGAGCAGCAGCGAGGAUGAGAGGAACAAUUAUCGGCCGAUUCGCAGGAACAGUCAAGAUUUGGAAUUUAAUGACAGAAUCGAUAUUUUCAAGUCCAAGGUUCAAGAGGAAGAGGACAGACGAAGGCCGAAGCACAGUACUCACAACGCCAGCGAGGUGUUCGCAGAUGACGAAGACGAGCGUCUACGAAAGUUCAACGACCGACUGCGAUACAGCGAGGACCUCGGCGCGAGGCGGGCUCGCGCCCGCGAACGACGCACUUAUUCGGACGAGUACGACGAAAAGGUCCGGCGGGAGUCUCGUUCAUAUCGGCCAGAAAUGAUGACGUUCAAAAGGGACCGACCGGAGGCACCGGCUAUUAGGAGACUGGUGGACAAGGAGAACAAACGGAAUUCGGACGCGAGUAUGAGACCCCGCGGUUCCCAAGUCAGCUACGUAGAGAUAGACUUCACGAAGAGGGACUCGCGUACCAGCGAUGCGAGUUACGCCAGCGUGAAUCUGGCCAAGAGGGGCAGCGUCGAGUGCAAAAGCACCCGCCAGGUCCUCGAGGUCCCACCGAGAAGAGCUUUCAGCCAGAGCGACGAGCGACCGGCUACUCCAACGCCGCCGAUCGAGUUCAACGACGAGCGAUACGUCCCCAAGAAGCUGUCGGAAAGGGACAGCACUAGAUAUAAAGUGUAUUUAACAUAGGAAAUGCCUGCGAGAGCAGGCAUUUCGCGAAGCGAAUGCCGCUUUCGCAGGGUUUUAGAUUAACAUUUAAACAUUUCGACGAAGUGAAAGUACAAGUUCGACGUGGAUGAGGAAAUAAUAUGAAGAGAAGCUCGAUACGAUUUUCGUCAAAAAUAGGUGUUAAUAAUGGUGUGUCGCAAAAUUAAAUUCGUUGUACAGUGUUAAUUCUCUGUUGGACAAUGCCCGUCACUGUUAUCGAAUGAAAAAUCGAAAUUUUAAAUAUUUGUAAAAAUGAAUAGGUAUGUAUAUACCUAUUUCUUAAAAUAAAUUUAAACAAUCCGUGAUAAAUAUGAUGGAGUUGUUGUCUGUGGAUAACUGUUAGCAUUCAGGUGUUUAUUGUGUUCAUCGUAGAAUAAUGCGAUGUGUAAACGGAUGGAUGUACGAAAUUCGAAUAUACUCUGCUACAGAACUCUAAUAAAUGGCUCCCCAAACGGACGCGGGGAGCCAGAUACGUAAAUAUAUUUGUAGCAGGUUUACAAUGAGCCACAUAACCGGAAGCUUCCUAUUCGUGUUUUUCAUGUCGGUGUUCAAAAGGUAACCGCGAUGUUAAUAAUGUACAAAUAAUGUAAUACAAAAAAUAAUAAAAUAUUCUUUGAAGAA